UCGUCUCCCGCUAAUCUUUUGGCGGGGCAGAUGCAAGCACCGAGAAGCUGUCAAAUGUCAACCAACUACUGAACCGAACCAUCCAGAACACAUCAAUCUCACGCGACGCGAUUAACAUUGAGGCUCACAACACCACACUUGCUUUCAAACCCUUUCGACGAAACACACACCUUUCUUACAACUCUCCCACACCGCACAACACAAAAUGCCCUUCGGACAACUCGUCCUCGGCAGCCCAGGCGCAGGCAAAAGCACCUACUGCGAUGGAAUGCACCAGUUCAUGUCCGCUAUAGGGCGCCAAUGCUCCGUCAUCAACCUCGACCCAGCCAAUGACCAAGCCUCCUACCCCUGCGCCCUCGACAUCCGCGACCUCGUCACCCUCGAAGAGAUCAUGUCCGACGACCGGCUCGGCCCCAACGGCGGCGUCCUCUACGCCCUCGAAGAGCUCGAAAACAACUUUGAGUGGCUAGAAAACGGGCUAAAAGAACUCGGCGACGACUACGUCCUGUUUGACUGCCCGGGGCAGGUCGAGCUGUAUACGCAUCACGCUUCCUUGCGCAACAUUUUUUACAGAUUGCAAAAGAGGUUAAAUUACAGACUAGUAGCAGUCCAUCUAUCCGACUGCUUCUGCCUAACCCAACCAUCUCUCUACAUCUCCACCGUCCUCCUCUCCCUCCGCGCCAUGCUCCAAAUGGACCUCCCCCACAUCAACGUCCUCACCAAAAUCGACAAGAUUUCCUCCUACGACCCCUUACCCUUCAACCUCAACUUUUACACCGAAGUCCAAGACCUCUCCUACCUCAUGCCCAUCCUCGACGCCGAAGCACCAGCCAUUCGUAGCGACAAAUUCGGCGCCUUGAACAACGCCGUCGCAAACCUCGUCGAGCAGUUUGGGCUAGUAAAUUUCGAGGUGCUGGCGGUAGAAAACAAGAAGAGCAUGAUGCACCUCUUGAGGGUCAUCGACAGGGCGGGAGGGUAUGUGUUUGGUAGCGCCGAAGGAGCUAAUGACACCGUUUGGCAAGUCGCGGUGCGAAAUGAUUCGUCAUUGCUGGAUAGUAUCGAUGUCCAAGACCGUUGGAUAGAUAACAAGGCCGAGUAUGACGAGCAGGAGAGGCUAGAGGAGGAGGAGCAAGAAAAGAUCAGGGAGGCCCAGGCCCAGGCCCAGAUGGAUGCUGCUGGUCCGGUGCCUGGGUUGCCCCAGCUAGGUCCGGGUGAUGGCUCGGGGAUCAAGGUAGUUCGUAAAAAGAAGUAAACCCUUGCUUUGAAACUAAAACUCAACCCUCAACCAUAUCAUCCUCAGAAGCGGAGUCAACAUCUUGAUCUCCAAGAAUGGGAAGAGUGCGCUGCUGAUUAUUAUUGUCCCCGCGCAGCAAAUCACCUAGAGAAACGGAGGAGCUUUUUCCUUUGAGCUCCUCCUUGGCGGCGAGAACGAGAAGUCUGGCGCGGCGAAUGGUCUCCUUUUCGACCUUGCGCAUGGUGCCGCUCACGCGGACGACGCGGUAGAUGCAGGGGCGGCCGUUCUUCAUGGGACAAGACUGCAUGAAUGACAGGGCGGCCCAAACGAGGCGGUAGUGGUCGCGGGAGACGCGGAGGAUGAAGGUUGAGGUGGCGGGUGAGAAGUAUUUGACCUGGAGGUUGUGGUUCACCUUUCCUGCGCCGCAGUCGCCGAACAAGGAGGUGACUUCGUUGCGGACGUCCUUCAGUAGGGUUUGGGGUUUGAGGUCUGAGUUGGUGGGCUGGUUGUAGAGGAGGAGGUCGGAGACGGGGACGGGUACGGGUACGGGUGUGCUGGUGGAGGGUGGGAGGUCGGUGUAGAGGAUGUUGACUAGGAGGUAGCGGUCUUUGAGGCGGACCAUGAUGAGGUCUUGAAGGGUUGGUGUGAGGUUUGUUGUGAGGGAAAGUUGAUGUUGACUGAUGUGUGAGGAGAAGGGUGAGAAAUGCUUGGCUUAUCGAUAAAACGUUGUGAUGGGCGAGCCUAAGUUUAAAGUAAAAGUGGGGCGCUGUUAAAUGCAUCCCUGAAGAGCGCAGAGCCUCUUCAUCACAACAACACAACACACCAUCUCGAACACAUUCGCAGAAAACCAUCCAUUAAC